AUGAAUUUGCAAGCCAUCAAGGAAGCAGCUUAAUAACUGUAUGAAUAUCAAUUUACCUCAGCAAGGAUAAGCUUACCAAAUCUCCAUUAGAGUAGACGUUGUCUGAGGCAACCUCCAACGAGAAUUGGAAUACACCUACUAAAUUGCUAUAAGAAGUAGCGGAGGCUUCAUACGGAUAGUAAGAAACUGUUUUUGAUUAUUAUUAGCACUUCUUGCGAUACAAUAAUGAAAUUCAUAUGGAAGCGUCUUGAUUCGGAUAAUAAAGAAUGGCGUCGGAUUUUGAAAGUAUGAUUCUUUUUUAAAAUACUAGACUUUAAACAUGAUAGAGUAUUUAACGAAAAAUGGAGCACCUCGUUGUGUUGGAGAAUUCAGAGACAAUAUUUACAAAAUCAGAAGUUUCUCAGAUUUCUUUUUGGUUGAACAAGGCUCUGAUAAAGGACUCUCAAGUAAAUAAAUGAAUAAUAAUUAGUUCGUGACAAGACAAAACAAUUGGUUGAUUUAUUGAGCAACGAAAAGUUGAUUGAAGAAGAAAGAGAGAGUGCCAAAAAGAUACGAGAACGAUUAGCAGGUAACACUAAAUUAAGUAUUUUAAGCUGCUGGUGGUGUUGGAGCUAUUGGAAGUAACACAUCUUAUUAAGGUUAUGGAAGUAAUUCAUAUGAGGGAAAUAAGCCAAAAAAUUAUGGAUAAGAAUCCAAUUAAUCAUAGUCAACAAAUUAUUGUAAGUAUUCAAUUUAUAUUGAAGCAUCGAGUUAUGGUGGUUUAGAGAGUGGAGGAGGUCUAGACAAAUACAAGGGUUCAUCUACUAAUAAUGCAAAUCAUAAUAAUAACACUAAUAAUGCAAAUGCUAACAAUAAUAAUGCAAGUAAUAAUACUAAUAAUAAUGCCAAUAUAAGUUUUAAUGGAAUAUAAUGGGCUGCACCUUCAUAAUAAUAAGCAACUGCAGCACCAUUUUCCGAGCCUGUAAUGAAAUUGGCUAAACCUGGUGAAAAGUGGGAUGUUCCAGGGCCUAAACCUUAAUAACAAUAAUAAUAGCAAUAGUAAUAGUAAUAAUAACAAUAAUAAUAAUAAUAAUAAUAAUAAACAAAUUUAUUUGACAUUUUUGAUACUCCACAAUAGGUCCCUUAAUAAUAACCUUAAAUUGUAUAACCUUAAAUUGCAUAACCUUUAUAACCACCUCCAUCACAAUAAUAAAAUAAUCAAAAUGAAUGGGGAUAGUUCUAAAAAGCUACUCCAAUCAACAAUCCUAUUCCAUAAGCUUAAACUCAACAAAAAGCAUAAACUAAUUUAUUGCCUAAUGAUAUUUUUGUGCCUGCUGCAGCAUAAUAAUAGUAAUAAAAUGUACCUUUUGGAUAAUACCAACCUCCUCUUCAACAAAACAAUUAACAAUUAUAUUAUUAAUAAUCCUAAUAAUUAUAUUAACAACCUUAAGCCUAAUAAAACAUAUAAAAUUUAUAUCCCUUGUAAUAGUAAUAAAAUUAAAAUUCAACUAAUUUGUACUAAAACUAUUAAAUAAAUAAUUAUCCUUAACAAUAAUAACCAAAUCUCAACUAUGUUAAACCAUAAGCUGCUGCAUAUUCCCCUUAAGUUAACAUAUAAGUUAACAAUAAUUAACCAAAAGAAUAAUAAGAUGAAUAUUAUUUUGGUGAAUUUGUCUCUGCCAGUCAACCUAAGAGCACUAAUAAUUAAACAGAUUUGUUAGGCAUGAUCGAUUUGAAAAAAGAAAAGCAAGAAUUAGAAUAGAAGAAAUAGAUUCCAACAGCCCCCUAAUCGAAUUAAUAGACUUAGUUGUAUGCAUCCUAAGCUGAAUUGGAUGGAUUCUAAUUUAAUUAUCAAAACAAAGCACCAGUUUAUGGAUCAUGUAUUUUUUUAUUUAAUGUAUAAUAGAUUAAUACCAAUAAAGCAGAUGAUUUAUAAUAAACAUAU